CGCAGAGGCGUCGACUGAGACGGCGGCGGCGGCGGCGGCGGGGCUCAGUGUCGGGGCUCGGCGGCGCUGGCCGGCGUGCGCGGGGCGCUCGGGGGUCCACGGCGGCGGCUCUAGGCAGGCCGCGGCGCCAUGGGGGGACGGUAGUGGGUAGGGCGACGGGUCAGGCGAGGCGAGAGGCGAGGCGGUGCUAGUCCUCUGGUCCGCGGCGACCUUGAGCCGGGCCCGGGGGUGGUGGCGGUGGGCAGGCCCGGGGCGGGGGGUCGUCCCGGGCUGCGCGGGGCAGGCCGGGGUGCAGGAGGCCUGGGUCGUCGCCCCCGCCGCCGUCGUCGUCGUCGCCGCGAGGAGCCGCCGCUGGCCGCCGGGCCCCAGCGCCAGGCCGCUCGACGACGACGCUCCCGCGGGGGCCCCGCCUGAGGAGGCCGCGGCGGCGGCGGCGGCGAGGCCGCGGGAGGCCGCGGAGGAUGGAGGAACGGAAGGAGGAGGGCGAGGCCGAGAUCCAGGAGCACGGGCCCGAGCACUGGUUCUCUAAGUGGGAGCGCCAGUGCCUGGCCGAGGCCGAGCAGGACGAGCAGCUGUCCCCGGAGCUGCAGGAGGAGGCGGCGGCGGCCGCGCAGCCCGAGCACAAGCAGCAGAAGCUGUGGCACCUCUUCCAGAACUCGGCCACCGCCGUGGCCCAGCUCUACAAAGACCGUGUGUGUCAGCAGCCAGGACUUUCUCUCUGGGUUCCCUUCCAAAACGCAGCCACCGCGGUGACCAAUCUCUACAAAGAGAGCGUGGAUACCCAUCAACGAAGUUUUGAUAUUGGAAUUCAGAUUGGCUAUCAGCGACGCAAUAAGGAUGUGUUGGCUUGGGUCAAAAAACGCAGAAGAACUAUUCGCAGAGAAGAUCUGAUCAGCUUCCUGUGUGGCAAGGUUCCUCCACCACGCAAUUCUAGAGCUCCCCCACGAUUGACUGUAGUGUCCCCUAACCGAGCUACUUCAACGGAAACUAGCUCAUCUGUAGAGACUGAUUUGCAGCCCUUCCGGGAAGCCAUAGCUCUGCAUGGUCUUAGUGGUGCAAUGGCUAGUAUAAGCGUGCGUUCGAGUACCCCAGGCUCUCCUACACAUGUAAGCAGUGGAUCGAAUGCUAGUCGAAGGAGAAAUGGACUCCAUGAUGUCGAUUUGAACACUUUCAUAUCAGAAGAAAUGGCACUCCACUUGGACAAUGGUGGAACUAGAAAGCGUACCUCAGCCCAGUGUGGCGAUGUCAUUACAGACUCACCAACCCAUAAACGCAACAGAAUGAUCUAAACCGCAGACAUUUUCACACCCACCAUGCUGCUUGAAAGCCACUCGAUCCUCAACAUAUACUAUGAUUGCAAAGGAAACAUGAGGCCAUCUUCCCUUGUUCACUGUUUAAGACAAGUGAAUUCUGUAGUGGUUGCCAUAAAAGGAAGUUGUAGGUAUUUCCAGUAGAUGCCUCUUGUAACUAUGGCUUUCUUCAAACUAUAACCCUAGCAGAGGACAUCAGCUAUCCUGUAGUCGUUAGCAAGAUCAUCAUAAGCAAACAUAUAUCCGUUCCAAGGCAAAAAGUGACCUUAACUGUAUUUAUUCUCAAAGGGAAAGAAAAUAUCAGAUGUUUAUUUGGUUAUAGAAUGCCUUUUUUUGUUUUGUCCAUUGCCUGCUGUGUUGAGUAUUUUUUGCUUCAACAGUAUUUCCAGGUUCCUAAAAUUGUCUAAAAAUAACGAUUUGGCUUCACUGUCAAAUCAUUAGGCUUCCAUUCUUGCAGUGGCACUGUACCUUGCACCUGGUUCUGUAUUACAGUGUGCAACUUCUAAUUAAUGACUUUGCCCAGAUUUAAGUUUUUCAACAGUCUCUCAAUUCUGGUGAUUGUGUGAUGUAAAGAGGUGCUAUGAUGGCCAUGCAAGUAAUACUUAAAUCAAUACAAAGAACUUUACUGGA